CGAGAUCUGUUUAAAUCGUCACAUAAUAAGUUUGCUCCUAAUAGUGACAACUUCGUGACGCGAAAUCUCUCAAAAUGCUGUUCAAAACUACCGUCUUCGCCGUGUGCGCCCUUCUGUUCGCUUCCUUGAUCAACGCUGCUUCAGUUAAUCCCGAUGCCGAUGCGCAAGUUCUGCGAUAUGAUGCAGACAACAUUGGUACUGAUGGAUUCAAAUAUGGUUAUGAGACAUCCAAUGGAAUUUCUGCACAAGAGCAGGGUCAACUCAAGAAUGCUGGUUCCGAGAAUGAGGCCAUCAGUGUGAGGGGACAAUACCAAUAUACUGGCCCUGAUAAUGUUGUGUACUCAGUUUCUUACAUCGCUGAUGAGAAUGGUUUCCAACCACAAGGCGCUCAUCUUCCAGUGGCACCUCAAUAA